AUGGAUGGGGUCGGUUCUAUCUUGAGGAAAUUCUUUGAGAUAUCUCUCACUGGUGAUGCGAUUAGGAUUUUCACGCAUUGUGCAACUACCGAGUGUAGUGGUAUUCCAUCAGUAAUGUACCAUGUCGUCUUAUCAAAGUGCAAACUAUCGGCAAGAGAGUCCAAAUAUUCAACUCCAAGAAAUAAUAGACCCAACUACUCAUCAUCAUCAAUAUCUCUUUCUGAAAUUUUAACAGAAAUCUGGAGGGAUUAA